AUGUCAAGUGCGCGUUCACGAGCCUCAGGACCCUCUCUCCCUGUGCGAUCCUAUUUAAUUGCGUUCAAUGCAUUAUCUGCGGCAGGAUGGGCCUAUGUCAUUUACCUCACUCUUGCCGUAUUUAGAGGCCAACAUGCUCCAAUUUCAGCAUACGACUUCUUCAAACCACUUGCUUCAUAUGUGCCAACUUCAAUCAUAGAAUUUUUGAUCCCGCAGCCUACAACAACGAACCGAUUCUCUACCACCCUCGCAUAUCUCAUACGUCCGUAUUUCCCCGCGACAUACGACUCCACCUUCUUCGCCCUUGCACCUGUGCAGUCGCUCGCCGCCCUUGAAAUCUUGCAUGUUCUCUUUGGGCUUGUGCGCUCCCCGCUCCCGACAACUGUCAUCCAGGUCUCUUCGCGCCUCAUCCUGGUCUGGGGAAUCGUCGAGCGCUUUCCUCACACCCACUCGAGCCCGAUCUAUACCACUAUGAUCCUUGCCUGGGCGCUGACCGAAGUGCCGCGCUACGCAUACUACGCGCUUUCACUUGCAGGUUGCGGCGUACCCGGGUGGCUUACGUGGAUACGCUAUUCCACAUUUUAUGUCCUGUACCCUGUCGGCGCAGGAAGUGAGGCUCUUGUAAUGUUGAGCACCAUUCCGGAGUGGAGCGGUGGCAAAUGGGCGGUGUGGACCCUCGAGGACUGGGUCAAGGCGGGUUUGGUGGCAAUUUGGGUGCCUGGGCUGUGGGUGAUGUAUUCGCAUAUGAUGCGCAUGCGCCGCAAGGUGCUUGGCAGCGGUAAGGGCCAGAAGUUGGGAGCGAAGCCCAAAGACAGGAUUAAGGCAGAGUGA